CAUAAUUUAUAAUAAGGAAUGAAAUCUGAAAUGGAUGAAACAUCAGAAAAUAUAUCAUUAGAGAAAAUAUGUCGUGCUUGUAUGGCUGAAAAUGUAGAAAUGCGGUCUAUAUUUGUGCCCGAUGAAAAUUUGGAUACUAAUAUACAUUUAUCGGAAAUGAUAAUGGCAUAUGCUUCCGUUCAAAUAACUCUCGGUGAUGGUUUACCAGAACAAAUAUGUUUAAGUUGUGCUAGCCAAGUAAGUAAAACUUAUUCGUUCAAACGACAAUGCGAAAAAUCAGAUGCUGCAUUACGUGAAAAGUUAGGAUUAGAGAAACUUUAUUUACCAAAAGAGGAAAUAAUGCAUACUUUAAAUUCAACGUCCUUGUUUGAUUCAGAAGAAAUUGUUAUAAAACCUGAGAUUAAAGAAAUUGGUGAUGAAGUGGAAGAGGAGGAACAUGAUGAAAAUGAAUUUCACGAGGAAAUACACGAGGAUAUAACGACUGUGUUUGAAUCAGAAGAUGAGGAAUUUCAUACCGAAGAAUUAAAUGAUUCAUCAAUUAAAUUAGAAAUUGAAGAAGGUUUAAAGGAGGAACAAAUAGAAGAAUUAAAAGAUUUAGCGUUUAGUAUAAGAAAAGUACAUACAUGUCACAUUUGUAAAAAGUCAUUUAAACGUAGUAGCCAUUUGAAUCGCCAUUUAAGAGUGCAUAGUGAUUCAAAACCAUGCGUUUGUUCUGUGUGUAAUAAGGGUUUUAUUCGGGAAGAUCUUUUAAUUAGACAUCAAAUUGUACAUAGUGCUCAAUUUAAUAUAAAACACGAAGAAGAUGGUUCAUUUGAAGAAGAUUUAAAAUUAAAUUGUUCAUUUUGUAAUAAAGUAUUCAACAAAAAAGAGAGUUUAUCUUCACAUAUGAGAUCUCAUACGGGUGUAGUCAGAAAAAUAUUAUCAUGUGAUGUUUGUCUGAAACAUUUUAAAAAACCCAGCCAAUUAACACGACAUCUUAAAAUUCACGCAUCUGUUAAACCUCAUAUUUGUCAAUUAUGCGAUAAAGGCUUCGCUCGGGGUGAACAGUUAAUUAAUCACAUGAAUGUACAUUCAGGUGUAAAGCCACACGUUUGUAAAAUUUGUGAGAAAGGAUUUAAUCAAAUUAGUAAUCUUAAAGAUCAUAUGCGCACACAUAAUGGUGAGAAACCAUUUUUAUGUUCAACUUGUGGUAAAGGUUUCAAUCAAUUAGGAAAUUUACGUCAACAUACAGUACGACAUAGUGGUAUUAAAGCACAUUUAUGUAACACGUGUGGGAAUGCGUUCGCUAGUAAAGGAGAAUUAGGUGCACAUUUAAGAAAACAUACCGGAGUACGUCCUUAUGUGUGUGCAAUAUGUAAUCAUGGUUUCACCACAUCAAGUUCCUUAACAAAACAUAAACGAAUACAUAGUGGGGAAAAACCGUACGAGUGUGAUGUAUGUCAUAUGAAAUUUUCUCGGAGUGGUAUUUUAGCACGACACAAACGUACACAUACCGGUGAGAAACCGUAUGUGUGUACAUUUUGUACAAAAGCAUUCUCUCAAAGUAAUGAUCUCAGUUCACAUCUUCGUAUUCAUACUGGAGAAAAACCGUAUAUAUGUGAUGUGUGCGGUCAAGCAUUCCGACAAAGUUCUGCACUAAAUACACAUAAGAAAGUUCACAUGGAUCGGACCACUUUAAUUGAAAAUCGAGCCGCUACAUUAGCAAUAGUUCAAUCUGCGUUAUUAAAUACAUUACAAACAAAUAUUUAAAUUUAUAUCUUUUUUUUUAAAAUUAUUUAAUUUUAUUGUGGGAAUGAUUGCUAAAAUAUUUUUAUUACUUUGUAUUAAAUUAAUCAGAAAGAAGUUAAUUUACAUUUUUAUUUUGUUUGAUUAAUCGAGUUGGCUUGAAUAACGACUAGCACGACUAAAAUACUUUACAAACAUGCCAAGAACAUAAUAAAACAAAACAUGAAAAUGUAAUUUAAAAGUCAUUUGGAAAUAUUACUAGAGCCGAUUUUUCUAUACAUAGAAAUGUAAAAUUGUACAAAAAAUUGUUCCCACAAUAAUCGAAAUUAAUAUCGAUACACAGAUAUGUAUUUUCAUGAAUCAUGAUAGAUUUGCCACAGUAUAAAAGAGGUAAAAAUGAAAGACGGGUAUGAUUAGUUUAGAAAAGCAAUGACAGAAAAAAUAUUAAAAAAUUUUUUUUUUUUAAUUCAUUAAGGUUAUCCUAGCACGAAGGUUGAGUAAGUUGAGUAAAGAAAACUGUACCUACAUAAAUUCUCGAUGUUGUUUGCUUCAAUACUUUAGUAAAUGAAUAAACUAAGCGGAGAUUUAUUACGGAACUAGGUCUAAUACUUUCCUGGUAUUAUUGAUAACAUAUAAUUCUACCCAAAAUUGAUUCGCAGGUUUAAAUUUUGUGAGCGAAAGGGUGAUUCAGAAAUGAAAGAUUUUACACAUUACAUUACAUUCUUAUUUUAAGCUCUAAAAUAAGAAUGAAAGUCUGCCAGCGACUUUUCUCUCCAGACUAAUACUUUGGUAGAUAUAAACUUUCGAAGACGUGUAUUGUUGAAUAUUUUUGAAUUAUUCCCUGGAAACAAAAAAUU